CAGUGCAUUUCCGUGAGCUAAAGCGAAACUACUGGGUUUGUUACAACGGAAAAGUAUUGCACUUAACCUCUGCCAAUGUAUAUUGGAUCUCAUGCAGUUCUGAUUAAAUGAAAAAGAUGGAGCCAUUUGAUUUUACUUUCUGCGGCAUGAAACAGAACUGCGCUGCACAGCGAAAACGAUCGCAACUACCGUGCCUAUGAAAGGCUCCGAAAAGUGCAGAUCCCAUUCAACCAUCCCCAAAAUGCCUCUCUGGAAUGCAAAUGUGCGUUACUUCGGGGAGGCCUGAUGGAGCCAAAAGUUACAGCCGUCAUUCCGCAAUCUUUUGCAUCAGUAGCUUGUGGCUCUCGAUUCAAAUUGCCACUCUUACCACCAUCCGUACGGAAGCCACGCAACACAUUCACUUUACAGUAGAGGAAGAAGUCCCACCCGGGUUUCUUGUUGGAUUAUUGUACAAGCAGUUACACGAUGACAUUUUAACAGGUCCUGGAAAUCUUCUGUUCCGAGUGAUUCAACAAGGUCAGGCACGUUUAUUCACGGUUGGGUCAAAGGACGGACGAAUCAAGGUGGCCCAGCGCAUUGAUCGUGAGGCAAUCUGCCCACACUCUGAAGUGGGAACUAUGACGACUAGGGCAGCAGCAGAGUGUGAAUUGACAUUUCCUGUUAAUCUCCUGCGAUUAGUAAAUUCGACAACAGAUUUGUUGGAUGUGUUGCGAAUAUUUAUUUUGGUAAACGACAUAAAUGACCAUCCUUGUCAUUUCGUUCCCUCUGAUGAGCAAAUAUUGUAUCUUCCUGAGGACGCACAAAUAUUUAGCAGUAUGUCGUUGUAUCAGCCAAGCGAUUUGGACACUGGUCCUGGAAACGGAAUCGCGAGAUCUUCUAUAAUGAUGACUUUGCUAAACCCAACGACACCCGCCAAAGGCAGCUCUUGGUUCGAUUUAAAGAUAACCGAGCAAGAGAGUCUGACAAAACCGUUUUCCCUAAGUCUUGUCUUGAUCACGCCUCUAGAUUAUGAAAUGUACACACGGUAUGUGCUUAGAAUAGAAGCUCAAGGUGGAAUGAACAUGACAUGUUCACUGAUGGUCACUGUGCUUGUUACGGAUGCCAACGACAACUCGCCGAAAUUCUCUCGAAAAAAUUAUACCGUACAUAUUUCAGAAAAUACAGAUAUAACAUUCCCAAUAUUCACAGUUUCUGCCACUGAUAAUGACGCAGGGCCAUACUUUAGUCAAAUGCAGUACGAUUUCGAUACGGCUACACCCACCAUGGUCAGGUCAAAUUUCCGCAUAAACAAGAAGAAUGGAUCCAUAUUUUUGAAGGGACCAAUUAGUCAUCAGCACCAGUCCUCUUACAACAUCCCUUUAGUUGUCCGAAACUUUAAAAGAUCCCAGACACAGCAUAUGGUAGACCUCCCGGACAACCAAUUUGCUGACCGAGCACAGUUAACGGUAAACCUGACCAGGAUGAAUCACAGACCACCGACCAUUUCAGUAUACACGCCAGAAGGUAGAAGUGUAAUUAGCAUUCCAGAACAUACUGUGGAUAUUCCUUUUGAUUUUGCUGUAGUCACAGUGACAACUGAUGAUGCACAGUUUUCAGAAUCUAUCGACUGCAUGCUUAAUCAGCCAGGGGUCGAGCAGUUUGCGCUAACACAAAUUGGCGCAUCUUCCAGUGAUGCGCAGCUCCUCUCAGGAGGAGACAGUGACUUCGAAAUGAUCUAUAAAUUAUCCGCUUUGGCCGCAUUUGAUCGGGAAACAACUUCUACGCUGCACAUAACAAUAUCUUGUUGGAGCAAAAACGUGAAUUUUGAACACUUAGUGGAAGUAAAGAUAGCAGACAAAAAUGACCAUCCUCCGGAAUUUGAUAAAACCAACUGGCGCUUCAUGGUUUCCGAAGACAGUGACCCAGAGAGGUAUAAAAGGGAGUACAUUAUCGGCCAAGUUGUUGCAACUGAUGCGGACGAUGGUGUAAAUGCUCAAAUAACAUAUAAGAUAGGAGACGAAUCUUCCAACAUGCAUUUCACUGUGAAUAACCUUACGGGUGUAAUUAGUUCCAAAGGAGUUCUUGAUCGGGAAGCAAAGGACUAUCACCAAUUCACAAUUGUUGCUAUUGACGGUGGAGAUCCACCGCUAACUGCAAAUACAGUGGUGGAAGUCAUUGUUCAAGACUAUAACGAUGAGAUCCCAAUUUUUGGAAAAACAUACUAUAUAUUUCACAUUGUGGAAAAUAACAUGCAUGGGGAGUUUGUAGGUAGCUUGACAGCUACCGAUAUGGAUAAAGGAGGAAACAGUGCGCUUAAAUUUCAGAUGGAAUAUUUUCGUUCGGGUGUGCAUUCCAUCGGAACUAGCGUGAACAACUCUUCAAGAGUUACAAAUUUACCAUUCGAAUUGGUUCAGCGAUUUGACAUACUGCACAAUUUUUACGAAGUUAGAAUUUAUGCCCGAGCAAUAAUAGACCGCGAAGAGGUCUCCCAUACCUACGUGGGCAUGCCGAUGAGUGAGUAUUUCAUCAAUGGCGCAUUACCUACACAACAGCUCGAUGAGCAAGUGAUGGUUGGAUUUAAAUUUUGGAUAAUUGCGACCGACGACGGUAUUCCACAUCAAAGCAGUCAAGCAAUCGUCCACGUAAUUAUUGACGACUUGAAUGACAGGGCACCAACGUUUCAAUGGCCAACAAAUAAUUCAACUCUUAUCAAAGUAUCGUACUUGGAGAAGGUUGGAUACGUGAUCUGUCAAGUGCGUGCAGUCGAUCCCGACGAGGGCUCAAAUGGCACUGUUCGUUACAAACUGGAGCGCAUUACUUUAAUCAAUCAAUCACUUACGGUGAAUCAACAAUUCGACCGUUCCGAUUUCAUUUCAGCAAAUAAACUAACUACAGACAGUCAGACGCGACGAACGGAUGAUGGAGGUUCGUUCGCCAUCCAAGACACAAGCGGAACCAUUUACCUCGCCAGUCGCCUUAAAUUAGCUGAUGUGGGAAAACUGUUUGCCAUUGACUUAAUUGCCCAUGACCUUGGGACGCCAACUACUCAACGGACGUCAGCCACAUUUUUUGUACACAUUGAUACUUCCGCUCCGAUUGGGGACAUGAACAACGAUUAUCAAGUAAUUAUGCACGAACAAACACCCAGAUACCCAUCUAACAACAACGAAUCGCAACUCAAUUUUUAUAUCAUUGUAGCAAUCAUUUUCGUAGCGUUCUUUAUUUCAGCAAUUCUAAUCGCUGCAGUUGGUAUAGCGCUGCGCCGGAUAAAGAAAUCUGGACCUCAGCUUCAGGCGGCUGCAAAAACCUACCCAACAGUAGAUUCUCAGGAAAAACACAGCCCAUAUUUUGAUCAAAAGAGUACGCAGUGCUGUAGAGAAGCUCAGAUAAAACCUACUAAGACUUUGGACAACCAAACCAGGUGUGGUCUUGACAGUUUCACCCCAAUCCCCACUACCACACAAUGUACGAUCGGAAGCUUUGAAACGCCCCAGAAACCUUCUGAAACAUCCAGUUCCAUAACCGAAACGGUUAGGCCUAAUCUGCUCAAAACAUCCUGCUACAAAUCCGAUCAUGGUGCGCACUUGAAACUGGAGAACAUGGUCAACAAGACGACAGUGCAGCUUGUCAACACAUCCUGUCAAAACAAGCCGAUAUUUCUGUACCCUUCCGAGUCAUUCCCUAUGGAAAACUUAGCUGAUGCCACAGAGGCUGGAUUAUCGAAACAGUCUUGGUUACCAUUGAAACUUCCUGCUGGUUACUCACAACCGGUAGCUUUGCUCGAUUACAACCACGCAACUGAAAUGCAACACCUAUGUGCUCACUCAAAACAUACAAUGAAGCGAAACUGUUUCGGAUCGGUCGACAAAGACAGUGGAAAUGGGGAUAGUUUGGAGACGAUGGUUGUCCCGGUGUUGUCGGUUCAGAAAUCCAUUUGGCUACCGUCGCCAGCGAGUCUAUCAUUGGAAUCGGAUGGUAACGAGAAUACUGUGUUCAACCACCAAGGUUACACAAACGCUCUACAGCAUCCGGCGUUCACUGUACCACUUGUCCAUGUAUGCACACCCUUGUCCGGUGUCAAUGAGACAGAUUAUAAUGGCACUUCCAGAACGCAUCUAGAGUGACAAAGCACAGUCUGUAACCCUAACAGAAUUUUCGAUUCUUCCAGAAUGCAGGACUUACCAGUUGCUGCGAUCGGAAUCAAUCAAAGAAGACUUAUGCUUUCCUGUAUUGUUUUUAUCCCGAAAUAUAUUUCUCAGAUUU